ACCCACUUGAAGCCAAGAUGCAGAACUGCUGGGCACCGAUGCUGGUGUUGGUGGGGGUAGUCGUGGCAGACCCCACCACGCCCACCCUCCUCAGCUACGAGCAAGUUUUGGCUUCUGCCAUUGACAACUACAACCAGGAGCUGGGCUCGGAGAAUGCCUUUCGGCUGCUGGAAGCUGAACCUCAGCCAGACUGGGAUCCUUCAACUCAAACCAUCCAGCCCCUGAAAUUCUCCAUCAAAGAGACUGUUUGCAGAGCGGACGAGAACCGGGAUGUGACCCAGUGUGAGGAAAAAGAGAAUGGGGUUGACCGGGACUGCUCUGGGUUCUAUUCUGCCCAAGAGAAUCAGCCGGUGAUCAUGGUCCAGUGUGAAGAUGCGGAUCAGGAGCUGGACCGUAUCACCAGGGGCCGCAGAAGAAGGUGGUGGCGGAAAACCAAGAGGUUUUUCAAGAAGCACGGGGUCAGCAUCGGUUUGGCAGCCCUGCGGCUGCGCGGAUAGCGAGGAAGGGCAGAGAAAGGCAAUUCCUCCGGGAGCACCGCAACAAAUACGCAGCCCUCCGAGAGUUUCGCCUGUGGGCUUCUUGUGAGCCUCCCUGAGGUAUCCUCUAAGUCUUCAGUAAUAAAAGAUGUACCGCUGA